AUGGGCGAAGCCUCUAACGAAGAGGAAGAGGGUCAGGAGGAGAGGGAGGCGGACGACGAUGACGGUCUGGACGACGACGAGUUGGACGGCCACGGUAGUCAUUAUGACCUCACCGCCAAGCUCCGUCAAUCCCAUCGGACAGAUAGCGUUGAGAGCAGAGGUGGAGAAGGAGAGAGCGGCGCGAGUGCCGCAAGUGGGUCUGGAUCAACAUCUUUCAAUUCGGAUUCUAUACUAGAGAUAUUGGACGAUGAAGAAGAAGAAGAAAAUAAUGACCUUGGUUUGGAUGAGGAGGAGGGAAUGUUAGAAGACGAGCUGGCGGAAGGUGAUCCGUUAGUCGGUACGAGUGGAAGAAGGAGAAGAAGACGUAAACGAUGGGAUGAAGGUGAUGAGAAGAGCGACAAGUCACUGUUCGAGCUCGUCGCUCCUCUUGUCCUCGCUCAUCCUCUGCCUCUCCUUCCCUUCCUCUCCGCUAUACCGUCUGACUUCCUCCCCGCUGGUGUCGUGUUCUUCAUCCCGAUCUACUGUGUCUUGAUAGCGCUGUCAUCGUGCGCUCAUAUUGUCAUCGUAUACCUUGCUUGGUAUCUCAAGGUCGGGAGCUUUGAAGAGGUCUUUGGUCGAGUCACUGGCAGAUUCGGACGCUAUGGUCGCUGGGCUGGUAGGGGGAUCGUCAUGCUAUCCACAACGGGUCUCGUAGUCCCCUGGCUAGGAUCUUUGCAUUCUCUGCUGUCGCCGGUCGUCGAUACUUUCCUACCGAAUCACCCUGCUCUGCGGCAUUCCAUCUUAUGGACAAUCAUCCCGUCAGCAUGUCUGCUACCGUCAUUGUUUCCUUCCCGUAUGACUCGGUCCAUCCGCCGUUCGUCUCCAUAUCUUGCCCUCUUACUGCCCUUGGUCGUGUUCCUUGUCAUCGGACGCACGUCAGAACUGAACAAGGCAGCUCAAGAGGAUCUGCGCAGUCGAGAUAUCUUUCAUAGAGCAUUUGGCAUUGAGGGAAAGAGCUCUGCAGGAGCUGGUAUCACUACGCUUGCGAUCUUCCUGUCCCCACAUAUCAACACUAUUCCCAUUCAUCGGACAUUGACCCGUAACAAACGCUCAUCAUUCCCUCUCCCAUGCCUAAUCUCCUCCGGAAUCGUCCUAGCUCUCACACUCCCAUUCGCUCUCGUCCCAUAUUACCUCUUACCUUACGAUGACAAUUCUAUCGAUCGAUCGGUCUUUUCUCGCCUACCACUCGACGACGGUUGGGUCAAUUUGGCUCGACUUUUCCAAUGUUUCCUAUCUCUUGGUACUUGCAAUGUGUGGAUCUUGAGAUGUCGAGAUACUGUGCUCUCAACGAUGGGAGUAGAGUCGGGUGAACGUGUCAAAGCUGGCCGUUGGGUCGGUCUGGGACUUUGGGUCAUCAUCACUGCUUUAGCUUGUGUAAGAGGAUGGGUUGGUCAAAAGAUUGAAAUGAUCGGCAUCAUCUUGACCCUUGGAGUCGCAUGGUUCCUUCCAUCCCUCUUCUUCAUCAUUACUUUCCACGUCCGAUCUCCCCUAGCGAUCAUUUUUACACACAAGCCUUCGGCAGUCAGCGCCAACGAUCCUACACCUACGCUGGAUUUACCUAGAGCUCAUUCUCGUUCAGACAGUCUGAACGACCCGUCAACAGAUGUCUUGCUGGCCAGGAAGGAGAGGCAAUUACAGAAGAGAAGAUUAGGCAGAAGAUUAUGGCAGGAUCUUAUCGUCUACGUCGGGAUCUUGCCAGUCGGAAGCAUCACUUUAGCUUGGUCUAUAGGUUCAUUCAUAGGUUUAUGGUGA